GAUCGAUAUGUCUUAUAAUCUUUCUGCUCCCAACAGCGAAUAAUUGAUGAUUGAUCAUGAUUGAUCAACCCACCCUAUUAAGUAAUCAACAUAUACUCUCGUUGAAAAAAUCAAAGUCCUCGAUCGUCGCGUUUCCUGCAAUUGGAAAACUUGCGCCGUUUGUUCAAACGUCUAUUCAACACUUGCGCGGCUAGAUAAAAGUGUCAAUCAUUUCAUACUCGUACACGCUUGUACAUGUUUUUAUCGAAUCGGAUUCAUCGCGACUGAUCACUGAUGAAUCUCUCGAUUGAUUGAUUGAUUGAGCACAGGUAGGGCCUUUUCGCUCUGCAAAUGCAUGCGGCUGUCCUAUUCAAUCUUGGAAGAAAUAAAGGCUAAUUUAUUAUUACGAUAGAAAUUAUGCAACAAUUUUUUUGUAUCGCUGCGAAUAGCGUAUUUUUCUCAUCCGGGGUAGCUUAUCCGCUCUCGUACCAUAAGGAAAACGGAUCUCGCGAAACAAUCAAAAGCGAGAUCAACCGAUGUGAUGAUAAUCAAUGGAUCGUGAUCUAAUCAUCGAUGACGAAAGACAAUUGUUGAAUUGUAGAGCAAAUCAAUAUUUACCAAUUAAGGCACGCUUUCGUCGGAGUUACAUUCCAUAGCGAUAAGAUCCGAAAUAUACUGAUUCUGAGAUAUCUAUCAAUACGUAUUACGCGUGAUUUUUCAUCCGUACACGUCGAUUUUGUUUCGUGCGUUAAUUGUGUUCCUUUUUCUGUAACAAUUAUAUUAGAUACGUCAUGGCGGAAAAGAAGAAACAAUUCGAAGGCAACAAUUAUGACUUGGAAAACUUCAGCAGCACUGUCACGAUUACCUCUUUGAAUAAGGAUGUAUACAACGACAAGGAUGAUCUCUACAACCCCUUUGACCAGAGAGAUAAAAAAAAUGCAAAUUCGGACAGCGGAUCUCUGGCACACCUCUUGAAAGCCUCUCUUGGUACUGGAAUAUUGGCGAUGCCGAGUGCUAUAAAAAAUGGUGGACUUUUAUUUGGUGGGGUGUGUACGAUCCUUCUGGGUAUUCUGUGCGCGCAUUGUGUUCAUAUUUUGGUCCGUUCGUCCCACGCACUUUGUAAAAAAUCUCGAACACCUCUAAUGACUUACGCUCAAACGGCAGGUGCCGCCGUGAGACUUGGUCCUAAGAAAUUUCGACCUUUUGCAAACUUUGCAGAAACUUUCGUCGAUGCAGCUCUCGCUGCAACCUGCAUCAGUGGAGGCUGCGUCUACGUUGUAUUCGUAUCGACUUCGAUAAAACAGGUAGCUGAUUUUCACAGCGGAAGUGACAUUUCCAUUCGGUUAUACAUAGCGAUGCUGCUACCAGCUGUGAUAGCGCUGGGCCAAAUAAGAAAUUUAAAGCAUCUCGUACCGUUUUCGGUAAUGGCCAACAUCUGUAUUGUUAUUGGAUUUGGAAUAACUCUUUACUACUUGUUCCAAGAUAUAAAGCCCAUUAACAGCGUUAAGAUGAUAGCAACUGUUCCUCAACUUCCAAAGUUCCUUGCUACGGUGAUUUUUGCGAUAGAAGGGAUUGGCGUGGUGAUGCCCGUGGAGAAUAGCAUGCGAACACCGGAACACUUUCUGGGAUGUCCGGGUGUUUUGAACAUAGCUAUGUCGGUAGUAGUGGGAUUAUACGUCGUCAUUGGAGUCUUCGGAUACUUGAAUUACGGCGAGGGUGUUUUAGGGAGUGUCACUUUGAACCUGCCCACAGCCGACGUGCUCGGCCAGUGCGUGAAACUUCUCAUCGCCUUGGCGAUACUUUUUACGUAUGGAUUACAGUACUAUGUUGGAAUGGAUAUAAUAUGGGGAUAUGCAAAGAGGCAUGUGAGCAAUGCGUUUCAUGGAGUCGCUGAAACCGUCUUACGAGUAAUUGGAGUUCUCCUCACUGUUAUUCUUGCAAUUGCUGUCCCGGAUUUGGAGCCGUUCAUCUCGUUAAUCGGUGCUGUAUUUUUCUCCAUCUUGGGAAUAGCGAUACCAGCGAUAGUUGAAACUAUUUCUUGCUGGGAUCGUCAUCUUGGCGUUUUCAAAUGGAGAUUAUGGAAGAACGGUUUCCUCGUCGUCGUAGCAUUACUGGCUCUAGUUUUUGGCUCAUGGAUAUCGAUACUAGAAAUAAUCAAGUUGUAUGAUUAAUUCCAAGCGUAAUUUAUAUUUAUUUAUAGCAGCGUAGAUAAUUUUACAAUAAACAUAACUUUUGUAUCAA